AUCAAGUUUCUUAGCUUUGAAGAUCUUUAACCCAUUCAAAAGUCUUUCCAUACCAUCGGAAGUAUUGUGUAUCCAAGCUGCAAUUUGAGUAACACCGUCUACUGAGUCAAUAUGCCAACAACCAGAAAUAAUGGGUGGAUAUUUGAUUCACCGUCUGGAUACACAUUAUAUAAUGGUGAUUAUGGUAUGAUCGCUGGCUUGGCAGGCGAUAUGCGGGUCUUAUCGCCUCGUAUAGCUUGUUUUUGCGACUUCUCGGUGUUUUCGGUUUUAAAGCUAUACCCUAGCGAGGGGACUUGGCUCGCCAAUUUGAUAUCGACUUCCGAAGCGAGCGUAAUCAGACCCAUAUGCAAAGUAAUGCAAUGAUCAAAUCAAUCGCACUUUGAGUCAAGUCCAAGGCUGAGUCGCCCCGACUAUCAGCAUGGUCGAAAUUUUCCACGCCCGCCCGGCACGCGUCCGCUGUCCACUAUCCGCCGCACUAUCUGCACCUCCUAUUGUUCCUACGCGUGGAAAACUGAGUCAGCGGAAAGUUUCCGAGGCGAAGAGCGGGCAUCUCAAGCGGCAAUUUCAGUGUGUUCUGUGCAGCCGGGGAGGCCGCUUCAUAAAGUGCAUCGCAUCUUGCAGUGAAUUAAUUAACCACUACGCUUUCCAGUUUCCCGAGGGUGCGCCGCGCAAGAAGAAGAUGUCCGAACGCCAGCCGCUGCUCCUGCAGAGCGAUGCCUCCGACUACGAGGGCAGCAGGGGAUCCUCGGCACGACCCGUGCGCAGCUCUCCGCCGGACAACACGCUGGUCAACGUGCACAGCGAGGACAGCCUAGCAGUGCACGCAGCAGCCUCGGGAUCGGGAGACGAUGAGCGCGGACCGGCGGACAAGUCCAGCUACAACCCCACCCACCAUCGCACCCUGGAGCACCCGACGUCCAACUUUGACACCCUGGUGCAUCUGCUGAAGGGCAACAUUGGCACGGGCAUUCUGGCCAUGCCGGAUGCCUUCAAGAACGCCGGCCUGUAUGUGGGCCUCUUUGGCACCAUGAUCAUGGGCAUUAUCUGCACCCACUGCAUGCACAUGCUGGUCGGCUGCUCCCACGAGCUGUGCCGGCGAUUCCAGCAGCCGUCGUUGGACUUCUCGGAGGUGGCCUACUGCAGCUUCGAGUCCGGACCACUGGGAUUGAGGCGAUAUUCCACCCUGGCCAGACGGAUCGUCACCACGUUCUUGUUCAUCACCCAAAUCGGUUUCUGCUGCGUCUACUUCCUGUUUGUGGCGCUGAACAUCAAGGACGUAAUGGAUCACUACUACAAGAUGCCUGUGCAGAUCUACCUGCUCAUAAUGUUGGGUCCCAUGAUCCUGUUGAAUCUGGUGCGGAACCUCAAGUACUUGACUCCAGUUUCACUGGUGGCCGCUCUCCUCACCGUGGCCGGUCUGGCCAUUACCUUCUCCUACAUGCUGGUGGAUCUGCCUGAUGUGCACACGGUCAAACCGGUGGCCACCUGGGCCACGUUGCCCCUGUACUUCGGCACCGCCAUCUAUGCGUUUGAGGGCAUUGGCGUUGUGCUGCCCCUGGAGAACAACAUGCGCACCCCGGAGGACUUUGGCGGAACCACUGGUGUUCUCAACACGGGCAUGGUGAUCGUGGCCUGCCUGUACACGGCGGUUGGGUUCUUCGGCUAUCUGAAGUACGGCGAACAUGUCGAGGGCAGCAUAACCCUUAAUCUGCCGCAGGGCGAUACACUCUCUCAGUUGGUACGGAUCUCCAUGGCGGUGGCCAUCUUCCUCUCUUAUACGCUUCAGUUCUAUGUGCCCGUCAACAUCGUGGAGCCUUUUGUGAGGAGUCACUUCGAUACCACGCAGGCCAAGGACCUUUCGGCCACAGUCUUGCGAGUUGUGCUAGUCACAUUCACCUUUCUACUGGCCACCUGCAUUCCCAAUCUGGGCUCCAUUAUCUCGCUCGUCGGAGCCGUGAGCAGCUCAGCUCUGGCUCUCAUCGCUCCGCCAAUCAUUGAAGUGAUCACCUUCUAUAACGUUGGCUAUGGCCGCUUCAAUUGGAUGCUGUGGAAGGACUUUCUCAUCCUGAUCUUCGGACUCGCUGGCUUUGUCUUCGGCACCUGGGCGAGCUUAGCGCAAAUCGUGAACGACAGAACCCAUUGAGUCGAAAAUCAGAACCUGGCAAGUUCUGCCAGUUCGAAAUGUGUGCGAAUUUAUGACGAAGGCUUUAUGUAGUUCCACUCGGACUACGGAUAUGUUUACCAUUAGUUGUUUACCUAUUCGAUACUGGUAUUGGUCCAGCCUCCAGUGGCGGUGCUCUAGUUUGUUUUAUUUAUUACUAUUGCGAAUUAGUUGCAUUAUUAGCAUUUUUUGUUAUCAGUUAGCUGCAAUCGUACCAGACAAUAACUAGCAUUUUAAGUAGAAAGUUUUACGAUAUACGAGAUAUACAUAUUUGUUCAGUUUGUCAGUUGGUGAAUAUUUCUGUGUUAACUCGAGGACCGCACAAUGCCAAAAGUGAUUUUACGUAGUAUUCUCAAAUAAAUUAUUAUUUAGCUUUUACUAUGUAGCCUAGGUCGGGGCAGAUCAUUCCAAAGCAACUGCUGAGAAUUUCCCAAAAACCGAAAUUAGCUAAAGUUAUCUGCGUACCUUUAUCGUUCUUAUAUUUGUAAUUAUAUAUAUGUAUGUAUAGGUACUCCCACAUACCGCAUGGGGUCCCAAAAUAUCGACCUCCGAUACAAUAUUGUAAGUACAUCAAUUCGGUGUAUCGACAACAAAGGUUCUUUAAUGGUUCAACGGAUAAAAAAAGACAAUAAUUAAUAUAAUGUUUAUAAAAACCA